AUGAGGUUAUCGAUUCGACAGUUGUACCGACCUGGCUUUUUAUGCGGCCAAAGUCAAGGGCUUUUUGGAUCCAACUUCCUGUCCAAUUUCCACACAAGUUCUGUAGCUUAUGGUCUAAAAAAACAAAAGGCUAGUCGCCGAAGGAAGAUGAAUGUAGAGCGUCAAAACGAACUGCAUAAGAAACGCAUAGCUAACCAGGGAGAUUUUGUAACGGGUAAUUCUACUGAUUGGACUAAUCAGUUAAUUCGCUCAAAACAAUUCUUUCAAAAUCAGCUACAAAAAAAAUCUACAUCUCUCACUCCCCUCAAAUUUCCUAUUCCCAUGGUUGAAGUCGACAACAUUUUGCAAAAAUUUGACGAACUCAAUGUGUCCACGUUAAAGGAAGCUCGCGAAUUCCUAAAGAUAGAUGAUUUUGCCGCCCCGGGAUCUACUGACAACGUAUUUGAGUCUUUGCGUGACUUGGAUGAAGCCCCAGGUGCUGCUGAAUAUUUUCAAAAAUUAGCACAAGAACUCAGUAAUAUGUCUCAGAUCAAUGACUCUAGAAAAGAGAGUAUUCGAAGGAUUUUCAGUCUUUCGAAUUCAAAUGCUAAAUUGGCUGAAGCAAAUAAUAAACGUACUGCUAUUGAAUAUUUCGCAAAGACCGACAAUGACACAGGAAGCCCGGAAGUUCAAGCAGCAGCCUUUACGAGCCAAAUUUUAGCCUUAAAAGAUCAUUGUAAUCGAAACCACAAGGAUCAAACGGCUAAGCGGAAAUUUCGCUUUUACGUUCAUCAAAGGCAAAAGAUGCUCAAGUACUUACGAUUGAAAAACUUCGAACGUUAUAUGUCUUGCAUUGACAACUUGGGACUUACAGACGAUGCUGUUUUAAGGGAGAUUACCAUGUGA